GCUCAACUACGCUGAGAACCGAGAGAGAGCCACCUCGCUCGGGGAACAUUCAAGAAGCUCAAAGUGCAGCGGCUAAAUAUGUCAAAUAAAUCGACGACUUGAAGACUUUAAUCUGUUUCAGAUUACUCAGUCAUUUUUUGGGGAAAAAGUAAUAGUGGUGAAUAGCAUUUUUACAUAGUUCAACACUCGUUUGAAUGAAAAUACGUUUAGCGAACACUUACCAAGGAGUCUUGAACGCAACUCGUCAGCAGGUUGUUAGGUUACGAUGGUGACUCUUGUGGAGGUGCUGAGUCUCCUGCUGGUGUCGGCGUUGUGGGGCUGCACCAACCCUUUCCUCAAGAGAGGCACGGAGGGAAUCGAACAUGUGUCCAAGUCAGGCAAAGUGGCUCAGUUUCUUGCUGAGCUCAAGUUUCUCUUCCUUAAUGUCAAGUACCUCAUCCCGUUUGUCCUGAACCAAUGUGGCUCUUUGGUUUACUAUUACACACUUUCCACUGCAGACCUGUCAUUGGCUGUUCCCGUGUCCAACUCUCUCACCUUCCUGUGGACUGUGCUCACUGGCAAGUUGCUGGGUGAACACUUUGGAGGCAAACAGGCUGUUGCUGGAAUGUUCCUCACUAUGGUUGGCAUCACGUUGUGUAUCAUAAGCUCCAUAGAGGACGCCGGCGCUCAGUCCUGAAGACGUUCCAGUGUUCAUGAACACACUCACAAGAGCAUUUGCUCUUUAUUAUACUGUGGUGCCUUGACUUAGGAGUUUAAUUCGUUCCAUGACCUGCUUGUAGCUCAUAUCUCAACUCAUCUUUCCCCACUGAAAUGAAUAGAAAUCCUGUUAAAUAAUAAUCCGUUCCAGCCCAUUAUAAAACACCAACAAAAUUUUUGGGCACGUUUUUAAUAAGAAAAAUAACACUACAGUAUUGUACUCAACACAGCCUCGAAAAUAAUACAACUUUAAACUGAUAACAUUUAGUGUGUAGUAACACUCCAUAAAGGUGCUUUCCUGGGGUAACAAGAUAACAGCACAAUGCGAGGUCGUGGUUGUAGCUGAUGAGUAUGCGACAAAUGAUUGACAUUAACAUUAGACAGGCCUUCUCACUCUGAUUAGUUGUUUAUCUUCAAGCGCAGUGGUUUCUUGUAUAUCAAAUUAGAGGCACAAAGUGGGGCCAGAGACCAGAUUAUUUUUCACAGAUCAUAUUUGUCAUGUUCUACUGUCAAGUCAUAAUGACUGUUUUAAAUAUGGAAAUGUUUUUUAUUUGUUUUUUUUGGGGGUGGGAGGGUUGCAAAACUCUUAAGUCAGGUUACUUUUAAGUCAAGGUACCACUGUAUAAAUAAGUCGUGUAGCUACCCCUUCCCGGAACAUAAACAUCUAUACACACUGGCACGACCAUGUCAGUUUACUGGGACGCAAAUCAUGACAGCGUCUCCACGAACAUAAGAUCAUCAUCUCAAUUUAUCUGAGAGAUGAAAUGAAGGAAUGCUGUUCACUUUUUAUAUUAAAAAAAAAAAGUGUAAUUGCCCUUUUAAUUCUCCACUUUCCUGUGAGCUAAUGUCGGUCAAAAGGAGGUCACCGGCGGCCCGUUCAUCCAGGUCAUUUACAUUCGAGCGGCGCGUCCGACGGGAACCAUAUUUCUGAGCCUAAGCAAACAAGUGAAGACGUGUCCAAAGAGCAUUACGUCAAGUGUGAGAGGAGCGCGGGUGGGUUCACGCAGGGUUCACUCCCACAACUUGACCAGAUUUAUGGAGCUCCUAUAGAAACGUUCACUUUGUCGCACUUAAACGCCAACGUGAAAGUCAUCUGCUUAAAGGCCUUUACAGGACAUGUGAAAUGAAAGUGUGGGAGCACACCGCUUCGUGUCUGAAAUAUAUUCCUUCUCCUGCACCUUCUUUUCUCCACUGAUGCUUGAAUUUUUUAUGAAAAUAAGACCAGAACCCUAAACAAGAACUUGAGGCACAUGCACUUUAAUUCUUUUGAUGACUUGGAUAUAAAAGUACACACCUCCUGUUCUCGUUGUUUUGUUACAUAAAAAAUGAGACCAAGAUUAAUCAUUUCCAAACUUUUUCCAACAUUAAUGUGGCCUGUAACUUGUACAACUCAACUGAAAAAAAUGUUGUGUUUUCGAGCGAGGAAGUAAAAAUAAACAACUGAGACAAUGUGGUUGCACACCUGUGCACACCCUCUCGCAAUUGGGGAUGUGGUUGUGUUCAGAAUUAACCAAUAACAUUCAAACUCAAGUGAAAUACGAAUCAGCACACAACUGUCGCCAGUUAAAGGGCCUCUGAUUGGUUCAUGGAGAAUGAUGUAAAACUCCCAUUUUCAAUCUGGUAUGGGCUAAAUGGUUCUCAUGACUCAAGCAGUUAAAAGCAACAACAACAACAAAUGGUGUCAAUUGUACAUAAAAUAAUAGUGGGGGUGGGGAGGAAAUAGCGUGGCCUAUUUGUGUUUGUUCAUCUACUUUCAGUGUUAUGGAGAAUGACAAAAUUUUAUACAUCUAGAAUUAGAUCUUGGGACUCAUAAAACUGUCUAAAAAAAACAAAAAACAUUCUGGAUUGUUGGAUUUGUCUGUUUUUAGCUACCUUGUGGUAAUAAUAUUCAGAUGAAGUGAUCAAAAUGUGUAUUGCUGUGUGAAAUAUUGUGUAUCUGCAUCCAAAUAAAUCUCACCAAAAAAUACAAUUUUAAUCAAAUA